CUUUAAAACAGGAAGCGUGUCGAAUUGAAACUUGGUAGCUGGUAGCCUACAGCAUAAUAGUCAUCCUGAUGCAGACAUAUUCUUAUGCUUAUUCGAGCUUCAAGUGCAGUCUUUAACUGAAGAUACCGCAUUCACAACCUCCAAUGGAUAAAAAAGAGAUCUCACACAGUGAGCUCAAAGCCCUCAUAGGGAAGAGUCCAGAUUUAUUGUUGAUUGACGUCCGCACCAAAGAGGAGGUGGAUAAAGGAAAAAUUCCAGGAUCUAUCCACAUGCCAGUGGACUCUUUAGAACGUGAUCUAGCCCUGGACCCAGCAGCCUUCCAGAACAAAUUUGGGGUUCAGAAACCAUCCCUAGAUGCCCCACAGCUGGUUUUUCACUGUCAGUUGGGCCGCCGUGGGGCCAUGGCUGUGGAGAAGGCACAUGCCCUUGGGUUCACAAAGGCUCGUAACUACGCAGGAGGGUACAAAGAAUGGUCUGAGAGAGAGAGAAAGUGAUUGAAUCAGAACGCGGAAGCACUGCUGCCUUUUCACGGAAAGCAGCCCGACAGUUUGCAUCGUUAAGUCUCUGCUUUUUGUAGAAGAAUGGCAAUUUCAGUUUUAUUUGUACUGUGAAGAUGUACUGCUAUGGUAGAUGUUUACAAUAAAACAUUCUCAGGGU